AUGGGUGACGUAAAUAAAGUUAAUUCGUUUUCCGACAUUAUGAGAAAGUGUUUCAAGAUGGGUCUGUUCAAGAUAAUCCCAGCUCAAGGGACGAAUAAGGAGAAAACUCAUGCAGUGUCUCCAACCGAGGACGAGGGUCCAGAUGUAGUAGCUGAUGUGAUCGGGAAAUUUGGAAGAUGGCAGCUGUUAAUGACGUUCCUGCUGUCCCUCUUCUCAUUGCCCUGCACAUUCCACAUUUACCUACCAACAUUUACCGCGAAAGCGACGAAAUUUUGGUGUCAGAGGCCAGAAAACUUCUCGAGUUUGCCAUUACAAGAUUGGAUAAACUACAGUCAGCCGGUAGACAGCUGUUCGGUGCGGACAAUCUCUGCUGGAGUGACGGUGGAAACUAUAUUGAAUCAUACUGCUCCGCUCAUAGACUCCUUCCAGAAAUGUACAGAUUGGAACUAUGAUAGGACAGAAGUGGGAAGUACUAUAAUCUCAGAAUGGAACCUGGUUUGUGAUAGAGCUCACCUGACUAGCUUAGCUGAAGUCAUGUUCUUGGUCGGCGUUGGAGUCGGUGGAGUCGUCGGUGGUUGGAUAUCUGAUAGAUUCGGCCGCAAGCGGAUUUUGAUGAGCAUGAUGGUAGCGCAGAGUUCAUUGGCCAUCCUCUCUCUAUUGGUCCGUUCCUUCGUGCAGUACGUGGUGGUCAGGCUAGUCAUGGGAUUUGUUUCUGUCUCCGUGGUCUACGCAGCCUUUGUCCUUUCCGUGGAGUUGGUGGGAGGAAAGUGGGUGACCAUUGCGGGAGUCUGCAACUUCUUCUGGCUACCCGUGGCAUACCUGAUUGUCACUCUCUUGUCUCUUCUCAUGCCCAACUGGAGAGACCUACAACUGAGCCUGUCCGUACCCGGAUGUCUACUGCUGGCUUUAUGGUUCGUUCUGCCAGAAUCACCGAGAUGGCUGCUCAGUAUGGGAAAGACUCAGGAAGCGAAAGAAAUAUUGGAGAGAGCUGCUAAGUUUAAUAAGCGUGAAUUACCUUCUGAUAUAGACAAACUGUUAAUGUUACACAAAACACAUGAGACCACGGAACUGCCUAGUGUCAUGAUGCUGUUCAGAGGAGUACUGCGAAAGAGGACGAUAUGUCUAUUCCUGUCUUGGUUCUGUAUGACAAUUGCGUACUAUGGUCUGCUACUGAACAUUGGAAAUUUCAACCUUGGCAACCUACACGUAACGUCUAUAAUCCUGGCAAUCGUAGAAGUUCCAGCAAUAGCAAUAAGUAUCCCGAUUCUCUUGAAGGCUGGAAGACGAGUUCCUAUAUUCAUCAGUAUGUUGGUGUGUGGGCUCGCGUGUGUGGCUAGCGAGCUGCUGUCGAUAGCAUUCGAUGACGAAUGGAUCAUGAUCGCUUGCCUGAUGAUCGGGAAGUUCGCUAUAGGAUCCACGAACAUGAUGAUGCCGAUAUUCACCGUGGAACUAUAUCCAACUGUGGUGAGGAACCUCGGUGUGGGAGCCAGCCAGAUAGCGGCCGGACUAGCACUUAUAUGCAUUCCGUACUUAUGGAGACUGACGAUGAUAAAUGAGCACCUACCGAUGGUGACUAUCGCAGCUCUGGCUGCUAUUGGAGGUGGAAUAGUGCUGCUACUAUCAGACACCACUCGCCCUGAACCCCAACCACCUCAGCCUGUGAACGAAAAGAAAGUACCGUACGACAACAACUCGCCGUGCAACGGAACGUUCACAAUUACCGACGACAGAGGGCACUAG